GCGUUGUCUGUUUCUUAAUCCUAUAACCGAUUGCAAAUCUCAACCACCCAUAUUACUAUUUAUCCUUUUUCGAUUAUGUUAUUCAUUGUACACUUCAUCCUCGUCAUAUAUCCAAAAAAGAAAAAAAUAUAUUGAAUGCAUUAAUUAUUUUUUUUUUUAAAAAUAAUAUAAUGGUGAAAAGGGUAUAGUAUGUAUGUAUGUAAAUGUAAGACGAGGCCCUAUAUAAGUGCGAUGAGUUGCAUUUGGAGGAAUAUGAAAUUGUAGUGUACAGUCAGUUGUGUGUAGGGAUCUUUUACUUUUACUACUUCAAUUCCAUAUAUAUUAUAUUGACCACCUCUUAAAUUCAAUCUUCAGUUACAGUUUGUACAAGGACUUGUUCUUACGCCAUUUUUUGCGUAACUCUCCAUCUAUAUUCUCUCACUUCUUCCUCUUCUUCUUUAUGUACGUGAAUCCUUCCUGUUAGGCUAUAUCAUCAAAUAUAAACUUACAAUAAGAAAAGAUAUGGAUGGGAAUGGGAAUCCUGUAAAAUACAGGGUUGAGAAGACGGUGACUCUGAAGCAGUUUAAGGGUGGCCUGUGUCAUAACAUGCCCAAGGUGGUACGGAUAUCCGUGACUGAUGAUGAUGCCACGGAUUCUGAGGACGAGGGGGAGUUUCGCGGUGGUUUCCGGCGGAUCAUGAAGAAACAUGUGAGUGAGGUGAGAUUGGAGAGGGGUGGGUUUGUGGAGGAUAGGAAUGAGAAGGGUGGGAAUAGGUUUAAGAAAGUGAAAACGGGUGGGAAGAAGAUGGGUCAGGUGGUAGAGGAUCAGCAGAAGUGUUGGAAUGGGAGUGUGCGGAAGUUUCGGGGAGUUAGGCAACGGCCGUGGGGCAAAUGGGCUGCGGAGAUUCGGGAUCCGAUUCGGAAAACCAGGAUUUGGUUGGGGACUUUCAACACCGCCGAGGAAGCUGCUUAUGUAUACGACAGUGCCGCAAUCGAGUUACGCGGAUCCGAUGCCCUGACCAACUUCCUAGCACCGCCACCCCGGUCUGCCGUCUCCGACUACGACUCCACCGGCGAGUCCGAGGUGGUUCCCUCGCCAACCUCUGUCCUUAGAACGCGUACUGCCACUGCCACCGCGGCCGCCGAGAAGCGCAACGGAAAUGAAGACAAUCAGUUAGGAGUCGAACCGCCGACAACGACAGAAAAUGGUACGAUGAACCUACUCACGUCGACGGAUUGUUGUCUCAACGGAGUUUUGGAUUUCUGGUCGUCUUCUUCGUUGUUAACAGACUAUUACCAUUACCAUUACGGCGACGACAAGAUUCUGCCGGAGGUGAAGAUGGAGGGGAGUUUAGAUGACAUUUCGCUGGAUUUUCAGGCUUGUACGUGGGAUGUGAAUGACCUCCUUAAUGGACCAGCAUAAGCUAGCUAACUUUGUACAUGAAAACUCAACAAUGUUUUUGUUGGGGCAAAAAGCUAGUAUUUAUUUAUUUAUUUAUUUAUUUAUUUUUGCAUCACAGCUUCCUUUUAAUUUAGAGACCUAGACAAUCUAGUGUUGUAGUACAUAUGUAGUGUGUAGCCACUAAUCUUUAAUUAGACUAGCUACUAAGCUUUUCUUUGUUGAAGAUGCAUGUAAGUUGGAGAAGAAUAAAAUGUGUUGGUCUGUACCUCAUA